AUGCCUCCACCGAAUCUUCUCGAGGUGCCAGAACUUCCGCUUCAAAUGAUAAUCGACUAUCUCACUCCAGCUGCAACUGUCAAUUUCGCCUUAUCCAACGAAAAAAUCCGCGAGUUCAUCGGAACGAUAAACUUGAAUCUUGAAACGAUUUCACUGAAAAUCACAGAGAAACGCUGUUCCAUCACAUUAGUUUUCUUCUAUUCGGAGAGGAGUCUCGUUUGGAAAUUCGUCUCGACACCGUCGAAUGAUCGCCCGAAACCGAAUUUGAAAAUCAAAGUUUGCGAGAAUCCGCUGGACUUUUGCAUAAAAGCAGUGAAUUGGCUAACCAAGUUGACCCGUUUCCCCGUUACCAGUGUCACCAUUGAGGGACCAGAUUUCCAGGGAACGAGGGAACUAUUGGAAUGGGAAGCGAUUCGGGAAUGUGAACGACUUACGAUGAGUUUAAUCGAUGAAAUGACGGGAAAUUUGGAUGAUUUCAAAGAUUUGGAAUAUAUCGAUUUAGUUGGAUGUGAUUGGAUGACACCGGAAAUUCUAGAGACUUGUCGAGCCAAAACAAUCUCAUUGUUCUCUGUGAACUGGGCACUUGAACAAAUUAUUCAAGUAAUUCGGAAUUGGCUUGAAAGUACAGAGAACCGAAAACUGGAGUAUCUUAGUGUUGCAUUCAAAGACUCGCGCGAUGAUGCGCUGACGAUUCUCGACGCAUUCAACACAAAACCGUGGGAUCGAAUGAUGAGACACCCUACUUUUCCAAGAAGAAACACCGGAGUCCCGUUAGACCUCAGCGGAGCUCGCGAUAUCGAACGAUCGGAUGGUUUUCUCGCGUCGAUUCUUGUUGAUAGCGAUGGAGUCGAUUUCGUUGUUUGGCACGACCGGUUUCCCGUGCAAGAGGAACUUUAA